GCUGUAUAUAGUGCUUGUCUUUCAUUUUAGUAUGAUCAUAUUUGUAACGUCAGUUUAUUCGCGCAGCGUUUUGAUAAUUUGAACGGCUUAUGGCUCAUUGUGCAGCGCAUCUUGUGUUUACUGUUGAGUGUUAGCAAGCUAGCCCGCUGUACUCACUGUACAAUGAGAACCGUAGAGAGUGAAUUUACACCCAAUUAAUUAUAAAUCUUUGGUCAUUUCAUGCAUGUAUAUUCACAGUUUUGUAAAUAAUUUAGUCUUGAAAACUCGAAAAACAUGGACCAAAAGAUUCCGUACGAUGAUUAUCAACUGCCAGUAGUGUUUCUUCCUUCCUAUGAGAGCCCUCCUGCAUGGAUCCCUCCACAAGAGAGGAUACAACACCCUGACUACAACAAUGAACUCACUCAGUUCCUACCUCGCACUAUAGUGUUAAAUAAGCCCCCUGGUGCACAACUGGGCUUCAAUAUCCGUGGAGGAAAGGCCUCACAGCUUGGUAUAUUUAUUUCAAAGGUGGUGCCAGAUUCAGAUGCCCACAGGGCAGGACUGCAAGAGGGCGAUCAGGUGCUUUCUGUCAAUGAUGUGGACUUUCAAGACAUUGAGCAUUCAAAGGCUGUGGAGAUUUUAAAGACUGCAAGAGAGAUUUUGAUAAAGGUUCGAUACUUCCCUUACAACUACCAGCGGCAGAAGGAGAGGACUGUACACUAGGUGGCAGAGCUGACCUUCAUGACUGCACCGGUGCAGUGACGCAGCUGAUGAGGCGUUGGUGUGUCUGUGAAACCUUUAGCUGCCCUGCAUCAUCUUCCUCCCACUAACUAUUUUCUGACUAAGAGACUGCUCAAAGAAAUUAUCUUCAAAACACUUCACGACAUGCCUGAUGAUUCACAGCUUCGCCCAUAGUGGUGGUUUUGAGCUGUGCCAGUUUUGAAUGCAGCUGGCGAAAUUCUCAAAUACUUUCCCUCUUCUCUGUUUUCUCAUCAUUUCCUUUCCUCUGGGGAAAAUAAGCAUGUUCUUUGAGAUACACUAUAUUGCCAAAAGUAUUGGGACACCCCUCCAAAUCAUUGAAUUCAGGUGUUCCUAUCACUUCCAUGGCCACAGAUGUAUAACAUCAAGCAACUAAGCAUGCAGAC